AUCAAAUCAGUGUUUGGUUGAAGCAUCAGUUCACGUCUCUCUGUAACGGAAUCAUCGACGAUGAUCACUCCAUUGAAUUCACGUCUCCAUUGUUUCAUCAAGCUCACAGGUAAUUUCAUCACCACCUCCUUCCUUCCUCCUUCAUCUUCCCGAUUAGGUUUACAAUUCACUCCUCACUCCACUUCUUUAGCUUCUCUUCUUUACUCCAAUUCCUUUUCAGAUAAUGGGGAUCCUCCUCUGUCUAGGUAUCAAAAACUUACCAACUUGGAUCAUGCCUUUAACCUGUUCGAUGAAAUGAUCCAGAGAAAACCCCUCCCAUCUGUUGUUAAGUUUACUCAGCUGUUAAACUCUGUUGCCAAAAUGAAACAUUUUUCUUCUUCUCUCCACCUUUUUAAACAAAUGUGUGCCGUUGGAGUGCCUGUUGAUGCCUACUCUAUGAGUAUUGCCAUCAAGUGUUGUUGUCAGAUGUCUCGCACCAACGACGGCUUUGCACUCCUGGCCUGUUGCUUCAGGCGAGCUGUUGUCCCAAAUGUCUUCGUAUUUAGUACACUCUUAGAUGGACUCAUUCGUGAAGAUAGGAUUAUUGAGGCUGAGAGGCUCUUCAAGAAGCUCAUCAAACAGAAACUGUGUGAACCCGAUGUAGUUAUGUAUAACACGAUGAUUAAAGGGCUUUGCAAGUUUGGAAACAAUGAUAUUGCCAUUGGUUUGCUUAGGCUCAUGGAUGAAAGAGGCUGUAACCCUAAUGUUGUUGCAUAUAAUACCAUCAUUGAUAGUCUCUGCAAGGACAAACUGAUAGAUGAUGCUUUCAAGCUUUUCAAAGAAAUGGUAUUUGCCAAAGGCAUUCAACCAGAUGUCAUCACAUACACCUCUCUCAUUCAUGGCCUUUGUAACUUAUGUCAUUGGGACAAGGUCUCUAAGCUGCUAAAAGAAAUGGAGGAGGAUCUAAGGAUCUCUCCUGAUGUUAAAACCUUUAGCAUAUUAGCUGAUGCAUUAUGCAAGGAAGGUAGGGUGGAUGAAGCGGAGGCUGUUAUAGACAUCAUGGUUGAGAGAGGUGAGGUUCCUGACAUAGUGACAUACAGUUCACUUAUAGACGGUUACUGUCUACGAGGUGAAAUGACCAAAGCAAAGUCGAGUUUUGAUUCACUUACUUCGAAAGGUCUCAUUCCUAAUGUUGUUACUUAUAGCAGUUUAUUGAACGGGUAUUGCAAGAGUUUGAAAAUAGAAGAGGCCAUGCAUUUGUUUCAUGAGAUAACAAGAAAAGGUUUGAAACCUGAUAUAGUCAGUUACAGCACCAUGUUACAGGGAUUGUUUAGGGUCGGACGUUGUGGAGAUGCACGAAAGCUCUUUGAUGAGAUGCGAGCAGCAGGCCAGAUCCCAAAUGAAUACACAUAUAGAAUAAUAUUAGAUGGCCUUUGCAACAACCAUCAAGUUGAAGAGGCGUUCUCUUUGUUUCAUAUGGUGGGUGAUAGCAAGCUAAAUUCUCAUAUUGUGGUGUACAAUAUUCUUAUUGAAGGUGCAAGCAAAUGUGGGAAGCUUGAUAUAGCAAAGGCUCUUUUCCAUGACAUAACUUUAAAAGGUUUGCAACCUAAUGUGCGAACAUUUAACAUAAUGAUUAGUGGCCUCUGUAGAGAAGGUCAGCUAAAGGAAGCAAAGGGCAUGUUUCUUAAAAUGGAUGAGAGUGGCUUUCCACCAGAUAAUGUUACUUACCGUGUUCUUCUCCAAGGAUAUCUGAAGAACCAGAAUUACGAUGAUGUAGAGAUGCUUUUACAUGAAAUGGAUGGAAGAGGUUACUCAAUUGAUGCUUCAACUUUAUCGUUGUUAAUACAUCAAAUGGCAGCUGGUUCACUAGACAAAAGCAUGGUUCAGUUGAUAGGUAGGCUUGUGCCAAAAGAAUUGAUGGACACUCCUGUCACAGGAGAAAAUAAUACCGAUCAAUUUCCUUCUCCGUUGGAGGUUGCUGCGACAAUGAUGAUGAUUCGCACCAAUUCUCAUCUUCAUCACGCUUUCUUCAAACUCACAGGUAUUCUCAUCACCAAUUCUUUAACAACAACCCCUCUUUCGUCUUCCAGAUUAGGUUUAGAAUCCACUCUUUUAGCUUCUCUUCUUCACUCCACUUCCUUUUCAAAUAAUGGGGAUCGUCGACUGUUAUCUAGGUAUCAAAAAGUUACCAAAUUGGAUGAUGCCUUUAACCUGUUCGAUGAAAUGAUCCAGAGAAAACCCCUCCCAUCUGCUGUGAAGUUUACUCAGUUGUUAAAUGCUGUUGCCAAAAUGAAACAUUUUUCUUGCUCUCUUGACCUUUUCAAACAAAUGUGUGCCAUUGGAGUUCCUGUUGACAAAUACUCUAUGAGUAUUGCCAUCAAGUGUUGUUGUCACUUGUAUCGCACAAAUGACGGUUUUGCACUCUUAGCUUCUUGCUUCAGACGAGCUGUUGUACCAAACGUGUUUGUAUUUAAUACACUCUUGGAUGGACUCAUCCUAGAAGACAGGAUUGUUGAUGCCGAGAGAUUGUUUAAGAAACUCAUUAAGCACAAACUCUGUGAACCCGAUGUAGUUACGUAUAACACGGUGAUUAAAGGGCUUUGCAAGUUUGGAAACAAUGAUAUUGCCAUUGGUUUGCUUAGGCUCAUGGAUGAAAGAGGCUGUAAGCCUAAUGUUGUUGCAUAUAAUACCAUCAUUGAUAGUCUUUGCAAGGACAAAAUGAUAGAGGAUGCUUUCAAGCUUUUCGAUGAAAUGGUAUUUGCCAAAGGCAUUCAACCAGAUGUCAUCACAUACACCUCUCUGAUUUAUGGCCUUUGUAACUUAUGUCGUUGGGACGAGGUCUCUAAGCUGCUAAAAGAAAUGGAGGAGGAUGUAAGGAUCUCUCCUAAUAUUCAAACCUUUAGCAUAUUAGUUGAUGCAUUUUGCAAGGAAGGUAAGGUGCAUGAAGCGGAGGCUGUUAUAGACAUCAUGGUUGAGAGAGGUGUGGUUCCUAACAUCGUGACAUACAAUUCACUUAUAGAUGGUUACUGUCUACGAGGUGAAAUGACCAAAGCAAAGUCGAUUUUUGAUUCACUUACUUCUAAAGGUCUCGUUCCUAAUGUUGUUACUUAUAACAGUUUAGUGAAUGGGUAUUGCAAGAGUUUGAAAAUAGAAGAGGCCAUGCAUAUGUUUCAUGAAAUAACAAUAAAAGGUUUGAAACCCAAUAUCGUGACUUACAGCACCAUGUUACAGGGGUUGUUUAGGGUCGGACGUUGUGGAGAUGCACGAAAGCUCUUUGAUGAGAUGCGAGCAGCAGGCCAGAUUCCAGAUGAAUACACAUAUGGAGUAAUUUUAAAUGGCCUUUGCAACAACCAUCAAGUUGAAGUGGCGCUCUCUUUGUUUCAUAUGGUGGGUGAUAGCAAGCUAAAUUCUCAUAUCGUGGUAUACAAUAUUCUUAUUGAAGGUGCAAGCAAAUGUGGGGAGCUUGAUACUGCGAAGACUCUUUUCCAUGACAUAACUUUAAAAGGUUUGCAGCCUAACGUGCGAACAUUUAACAUAAUGAUUAGUGGCCUCUGUAGAGAAGGUCAGCUAAAGGAAGCAAAGCUCUUGUUUCAUAAAAUGGAUGAGAGUGGCUGCCCACCAGAUAGUGUUACCUACAAUGUUCUUCUCCAAGGAUAUCUGAAGAACCAGAAUUACGAUGAUGUAGAGAUGCUUUUACAUGAAAUGGAUGGAAGAGGUUACUCAAUUGAUGCUUCAACUUUAUCGUUGUUAAUACAUCAAAUUGCAGCUGGUUCACUAGACAAAAGCAUGGUUCAGUUGAUAGGUAGGCUUGUGCCAAAAGAAUUGAUGGACACUCCUGCCUAGAUGACACAGUCUGGGAAAAACUAAAAUAGCGAUUUGGCAAUUUGUAUUUUAUGAGUUCAAAACCUUUACAUGUUCGUUUCAUGAUGCUUUACUAAUUUCAUGGAGACUAGGUGUUACAUGUUUUUUGUUUAUUUU